UACUCAUAGCAGAUGAGUUAGAAAUGGGGAUCAAGAACUUGAUGGCAAAUAGAGACGAAUUUUGAGAUGGGUUUAUUGUUUUUAGCGGAUUCUAAUUUCCCUAGGAUUCACCCACCACCUUUCUUGUUCUUUCCCCUAGCCCUCUUUCUUUAUAAUCCUCUCUCUUCCUCACCGUCACAAACAAUGCAAUUGUAAAUUGUAAUUGCAAGGGAAUUCUCGCUUUCUAUGCCAGAGAAAGAGAGAAAAUUUGGAGCAGCCAUUGAAACUAUCCUCCACAUAAAAGAAAUGUUUGCUUUUUUUAGAUCUAUGUAUUAACACAGUCUAAGAAACAUGUAGUAUAAGUGUGGUGGUGGAUUUUGGUCCCAUAGAGAAUUUUGGUGAAUUUGUUGUGCUCAUUAUAAUUUUGUUGGCGUUGGAUGUAGAUUUAAACUAUAAAGGGAGGUAGAAAUUGUUAAAGGAGGUGAUAUAUACUGGUACUGGUGGGCACUGAGUGUAGAGAGAGAUAUCUAGAGCAGAAUGGCUGCGCCUAUAGCGUUAGAGGGCGACAGAGGGUUAGGGUUGACAUGGACUGGAAGUCUGCGUUCUGGGAGCACCAGAUUGUUUGGAAGAUCAACUAGUGUUUUUGCAUCUCAACAUCAACAGCAAGAAGAUGACGAGGAGGCACUCAAAUGGGCGGCUUUAGAGAAACUUCCCACAUAUGAUCGCAUAAGAACAUCCAUUUUCAAACAGACUGAGGGAGAUGAUGAGGUUCUUCACCAAAUUGACGUAAGAAAUAUGGAGCUGGGCACAAGACAGCAACUGCUUGACAGGCUUGUGAAGGCUGCCGACCAAGACAAUGAACCAUUUCUGCAUAAACUUAGGGAAAGGAUGGACAGGGUGGGGAUUACUUUGCCUGAGAUAGAGGUCCGUUUUCAGAACCUCAAUGUGGAAGCUGAUGCAUACAUUGGAAGCAGGGCAUUGCCCACGCUCUUCAACUAUACAGCUAAUGUGGUCGAGAGCUUUUUGGAGUCACUUCAUUUGUAUAAGACCAAUAAGAAAACUAUGACCAUUCUAAAGGAUAUCAGCGGCAUCAUAAAGCCUGGCAGGCUGACACUUCUUUUGGGUCCACCUGGUUGUGGAAAGAGUACUCUUCUCUUAGCUCUCACAGGAAAACUGGAGGCAGCACUAAAAGUGAGAGGAGAAGUAACGUACAACGGACAUACGAUGGAUGAAUUUGUGGCGCAGAGAACGUCUGCUUAUAUUAGUCAGCACGAUUUGCACAUUGGAGAAAUGACUGUGAGAGAGACUCUUGACUUCUCUGCUCGAUGCCAAGGCGUAGCUGAAAGAUAUGAUGUGCUCAGUGAACUUUCGAGACGAGAGAAGGAGAAGGGGAUCAAACCAGACCCCAACAUUGAUGUCUUCAUGAAGGCUGCAGCUAUGGAGGGACAGAAGUCCAGUAUGCUAACAGACUAUGUUUUGAAGAUUUUGGGGUUAGACGUAUGUGGGGAUACAAUGGUGGGAGACAAUAUGACAAGAGGGAUAUCUGGAGGUCAAAAGAAAAGAGUGACAACUGGGGAGAUGAUCGUUGGACCUGCAAAGGCAUUUUUCAUGGACGAGAUCUCAACUGGUCUGGACAGCUCUACAACAUUUCAGAUUGUGCAAUGCUUGCGACAGAUUGUUCACGUGUACAACACAACAAUGGUGAUUUCGCUUUUGCAACCUGCUCCUGAAACCUUUGACCUCUUCGACGACGUCAUCUUACUCUCAGAAGGGCAACUUGUAUACCAGGGUCCCCGAGACUCAAUCGUGCAAUUUUUCGAGUCCAUGGGUUUUGCUUGCCCCGAAAGAAAGGGUGUUGCAGAUUUCCUGCAAGAGGUGACAUCUAGAAAAGAUCAAGAGCAGUACUGGAUUAGAGAAAGCCAGAUAUACCGUUACGUACCUGUGAAGGAGUUCGCAGAUGCAUUUCAAUCCUUUAAAGUUGGUGUAGAGCUAAACAAGCAACUGGCCGUUCCAUAUGAUAGAAGCAAAAGCCAUCCCGCAGCUCUCACGACAAAAGAGUAUGGUUUGGGCAAAAUGGAGCUUUUUAAAGCUUGCUUUGACAGGGAGAUUUUGCUGAUGAAGAGAAGCUCCUUCAUCUAUAUAUUUAAGAUCUUCCAAAUCACAACGAUUGGGUUGAUUACGCUCACAGUUUUCUUCCGCACAGAAAUGGAUGAUAAAACUGAGGAGGGAGCCUCAAUUUACUUCGGUGCUCUGUUUUUCACAUUGGUUAACAUCAUGUUCAACGGAUUUGUAGAGCUGUCUAUGACGAUGACGCGCCUUCCUGUGUUCUACAAGCAGAGAGAUUCCAAGCUGUAUCCGGCAUGGGCUUACUCACUUCCCACAUGGGUCAUGAGAGUCCCUCUGUCACUCAUGGAGUCUUCCAUCUGGGUCGUUCUCACCUACUAUACCAUUGGCUUUGCCCCAAGCCCACAGAGGUUUUUUCGGCAGUUCUUCCUCUUAUUCGUCCUCCACCAAAUGUCUCUCUCGCUUUUUCGUUUCAUUGCUGCAGUCGGACGGACUCAGAUUGUGGCAAACACAUUUGGAUCAUUUGCACUUCUGAUUAUAUUAGUUCUUGGCGGAUUCAUUGUAUCCAGAGAGGAUAUCAAGCCCUGGUGGAUAUGGGGUUACUGGGCAUCUCCUCUCAUGUAUGCUCAAAAUGCCAUUGCAGUGCUUGAAUAUCUAGCAAAACGUUGGCAAAAGCCCGGAGAAAGAAAUGAAAUAAUUGGUACAACAUUGGUAAAAUCUCGUGGAUUGUUUCCUGAAAGCUACUGGUAUUGGAUGGCCCUUGGAGUACUAGCAGGAUAUGCCAUUAUCUUUAACUUGCUCUACACCCUGGCAUUGGCGUAUCUAGAUCCUCUUGGGAGGCCUCAAGCAAUGAUUCCAGAAGAAGACGUAGAGGAAAGCCAUGCAGAUAAACAGACUCCACAAGAAAUGAAAACUAUCUCCUCUGUUGGAGGAGGUAAGAAGGGAAUGGUGUUGCCUUUCCAACCCUUGGCAAUGGCAUUCGAAAAUGUCAGUUACUUCGUUGACAUGCCUGCAGAAAUGAAACAGCAGGGAGUUGCAGAGGAUAGACUCCAGUUACUACGUGAAGUGAGUGGGUCCUUUCGGCCUGGCGUGCUCACUUGUUUGAUGGGGGUGAGUGGGGCUGGGAAGACAACAUUAAUGGAUGUUCUUGCCGGAAGGAAAACAGGGGGAUACAUUGAAGGCUCCAUCACCAUCUCUGGCUAUCCAAAGCAGCAACAGACUUUUGCUCGCAUUUCAGGUUAUUGUGAGCAGAAUGACAUCCAUUCUCCCUAUGUUACAGUUUACGAGUCCCUCGUCUAUUCUGCUUGGCUUCGUCUUCCAAGGGAGGUUGAUCCUCAAGCAAGACAGGCAUUUGUGGAUGAAGUGAUGGAUCUGGUUGAGUUAAACAAUCUGAGAGAAUCAUUGGUUGGGCUACCAGGAGUGAACGGUCUUUCCACAGAGCAACGCAAGAGACUGACAAUUGCAGUUGAAUUGGUGGCAAAUCCUUCCAUCAUUUUCAUGGACGAGCCAACAUCAGGCUUGGAUGCGAGAGCUGCUGCCAUUGUAAUGAGAACUGUGAGAAACACUGUGGAUACAGGAAGAACAGUCGUCUGCACCAUUCACCAACCUAGCAUUGAUAUUUUUGAAGCCUUUGAUGAGCUUGUGUUGAUGAAGCGUGGAGGGCAGAUGAUAUAUGUGGGACCUCUUGGUCGCCACUCUCAAACUCUCGUCGACUACUUCCAGUCAGUGAAAGGAGUUUCUUACAUCACACCGGGAUACAACCCUGCCACUUGGAUGCUUGAAGCAAGCUCUGUGGGUUCUGAAAUGCGUUUGGAAGUAGAUUUUGCAGAAAUAUAUCGAUCCUCAUCCCUCUACAAGCAAAACCAAGCUUUGAUAAAGGAAAUCAGUACACCUGCUCCAGGCUCCCAAGAUUUAUAUUUUGAGUCAGAGUUUUCACAGCCUUUCUUUACUCAAAUAGUAGCCUGUCUAUGGAAACAACGCCUGUCAUAUUGGAGGAAUCCGCAGUACAACGUCGUUAGAUUCUUCUUCACUCUCGUCUGUGCUUUGUUGUUCGGUACCAUCUUUUGGAACAUGGGGAGUAAGAUAAAGAAGCAACAAGAUGUAUUGAAUGCAAUGGGAUCAAUGUUUGCUGCAAUUGUGUUCAUUGGAGUGAACAAUGCCACUUCUGUUCAGCCCGUGGUUGAAGUUGAAAGAACUGUUUUCUAUCGAGAAAAAGCAGCUGGAAUGUACUCACCGCUUCCUUAUGCGUUUGCUCAAAUAUUGAUCGAGCUACCUUACGUAUUUGUCCAAUCGGUCAUGUAUGGGUUGAUAGUUUAUGCAAUGAUCGAUUUUAGCUGGAUCGCAACCAAAUUCUUUUGGUUCUUCUUUUUCAUGUUUUUCACUUUCUUGUACCACACCUAUUAUGGGAUGAUGACUGUAGCUCUCACUCCAAAUGCCACCGUUGCUGCAAUUGUCUCCUCUGGCUUCUAUGGCAUCUGGAUGCUUUUCUCUGGCUUUCUAGUUCCCCGACCUAAAAUCCCAAUUUGGUGGAGAUGGUACUAUUGGGCAUGCCCUUAUGCAUGGACUUUGUAUGGCUUGAUCGUGUCUCAGUAUGGGGACCUCUCAAAUCCAAUGAGCCUACCAGAUGGGCAAAAGCAGCCAUUGAACAAGUUCCUAGAGGGCUACUUCGGAUUUAAACAUGAUUUCUUAGGAGCCGUUGCAGGUGUUAUUGUGGGUAUGGUACUUCUCUUUGCCUUCGUCUUCGCCUGGGCCAUUCGGAGUAUUAACUUUCAAUCCAGAUAAACAUUCACAAUCCACCGCAAUCCCAUCCUGGAUGUGCCAAAAAAUAUUCUACUUAUUUGUAUUUGCUUGCGUCCAAACACUACUAGAAUAGAGUUUAGUUAUCUCAAGAAAUAAUUCUUUAUUUGAAUCUGUACAAGUGUAUUUCUUAUCAAAAGCAAAAUUAAAAAAUAA